AUGGGUGGGUCAAGAAUGACUGAAGCGGCGGCUAUAUCAGAGCUGAACAGGGUAUCCCACGAUAGAAACUCAUCGAAAGUUACCCAGCUAUGCUCGAACCCGAAGGAAUUGCAGUCAGACAGCCGCCAUCACUUACACCGGUUUGUGGGGGCAAUUGAUCAAGGGACAACCAGCACGCGGUUUAUCAUCUUUGAUGGCAAUGGAGGCUUGGUUGCUUCGUACCAGGCGGAACUGCGUCGUUUGCACGAGUACCCAGGAUGGCAUGAACAAGAUCCCACAGAAAUUGUGUCAUCCGUGGAAUCGUGUAUAGAGCAGGCUACGAAGACCUUCGUCAACCUUGGCCACUCCAUUUCCCAUAUCUGCGCUUUGGGUAUUACAAAUCAGCGCGAGACAACUGUUGUGUGGGACUGGGAGACUGGAGAACCUCUCUAUAAUGCUAUCGCAUGGCCUGACACUCGUACAACAUCACUGGUCCGGGAACUAAAAUCAAAGGACGGUGCCGAUCAACUUCAAGAAAAAUGCGGGCUGCCUUUAUCCACGUACCCCUCUUCGGUGAAACUUGUCUGGCUGCUUCGAAAUAUUCCAAGAGUUAAGGAAGCAUAUGAUGAAGGGAGACUUGCGUUUGGUACCAUUGACACUUGGCUGUUGUAUAAUCUCAAUGGUGGCACGAAGAAAAACAUUUUUGUCACUGAUGUCACCAAUGCCUCAAGAACUAUGUUCACCAAUCUUCACACCCUUCAAUAUGAUGAUAUAUUGACGGGGUUUUUUGACAUUGACAGGUCUAAGCUGAAACUCCCUAAGAUUGUGCCGUCUUCUGACGAAUCUGCUUUUGGACAAAUGGCAGUCGGUCCCCUUCAAGGACUUCGAAUCACCAGUUGCAUGGGUGAUCAAUCGGCCUCACUGUUAGGCCAUGGAGCCUUAAAACAAGGCACAGCGAAGAAUACAUAUGGAACAGGCUGUUUUCUGUUAUACAAUGUUGGUGAGACGCCUGUGAUUUCAAAACAUGGGCUUUUAGCAACAGUUGCCUUUCAAUUGGGUGCUGGACGGAAGCCUGUCUAUGCUCUGGAAGGAAGUAUCGCCGUUGCUGGCAGCGGUGUAUCUUUUUUGAUGAACAAUCUGGGCUUCUUCCAUGACUCGAGAAAGGUAGACGAAGAAGCAGCCACAGUGCCGGAUAAUGGCGGCUGUAUUUUUGUUACAGCAUUCAGUGGACUCUUUGCCCCAUAUUGGGUUGAUGAUGCAAAAGGAACAAUCUUCGGAAUAACGCACCACACCCAAAAGGGACAUAUAGCUCGGGCAACAUUGGAGGCAGUUUGUUUUCAAACCCGGGCCAUUCUCGAGGCAAUGGAGCGUGACAGCGGUCAACAGCUUUCUGACUUGGCAGUCGAUGGUGGAUUGAGUAACUCUGAUGUUUGCAUGCAGUCCCAAGCGAAUAUAAUACGUAUCCCUGUCAAACGAUCCCCAAUGCACGAGAUCACUGCGUUGGGGGCGGCAAUCGCAGCCGGCCUUGCGGUUGGCAUGUGGCGGGAUCUUGAUGAGUUGAAAGGCCUGAACAAGUCAAGUAGGACGGUGUUCAAGCCACAGGUGACGAAGAGCGAAAGCGAGAGGAUGUACCGGCAAUGGUCGAAAGCCGUCAACAUGUCAAAGGGCUGGCUGGAGAGUGAAGAAAUCGACACAACUUGA